AUGGACAUCAAUUCACUUCUUUCUCCUUCAGAGAAUCCUCGCGCCAGUUCACUGACUCCUACAUCUGGCACCGGGAGUCUGUCGCAUUCGAACUCGAAUUUGCAUUCGCAGUCACAAUCACCAUUCCGACAUGUCCCACGAACCCAGUCCGGUACCGCAGGCGCAGUAAGUUCGCCCCUGGGUCGCUCUGUUCAACCGCCAUCGAGCAUUCCUGCCCAUGUCAGAAGUCCAGCUCAACAGACUCCGCACUCGUCGCCGCUCAUCAGUCCUGUGCCGACCGGCACCGCAUCUGCUCACUUACCUCGAUCCUCUUCCACUCCAACCAUGGAGACCUUCGCAGACUUCAAUUCAUCCAAGCCGACCCUCCCCAGCCGCGAGUCGACCGACAGCCAAGGCUCAUCCUCCCUCCUCUUCCCCCACUUGACUUCCGCUGGAGCAACCUCCAACCCUCGUGCCUCCAUAGAUAUUAACAUGGUCGAAACGCCGAAACCUGUCAUAAGAGCAGAUUACACUGACACUUCUCUCCCAGUUGAAUCGCAGCAAAGGUUGACUGUGCUGGCUGCCUACAUUCAACAAACGCCUUCGUCGUAUGAAGCUCACAGGGAGAUCAUUAAAAUCCUGCAUCAAGGCUUCGUCGACCACAUCUACCCCUCGUCAAGCCCGAACGCUCACGGAGAUCCUCGAACAUACGAUCUCCUUACCGAGCUUCGCCAAGCUCGUGAAAACUUGGACAAGCUAUUUGCGGUCGGUGAGGAACAAUGGCUCGAUUGGCUCCAGGAUGAGAGCAUUCUUGCACAAACGGCGGAUGAGCGAGUCGCGGUUGUGGAUAAAUGUCGGCGGGCAGUGACGGAAGAGUACGGUAGCACUCGACUGUGGUUGACCUACGGUGACUGGGUCUCAUAUUGCCAUAAAUGGGCUCUCGACUCAACUGGAGAAAAGCAGGGCGAUGUCGAUACCGAACGCUUGAUUGGCCGCGAAGUCUUUGACUGGAAUAUUGUCUUGGACACGUGGACUGAAGCCGUUGAACGGACCAAGCAUGACAUGAGUCGUAGUCAUGAAGUCUGGAACAAGUAUAUGGCUAUCCGGUUUGGCGACGUCAGCCAAAAGUUAUCCUCGGACGACGCCACCACUGCGCUUGAACUUUUUGAAACCCGUUUGCGCAUACCACAUGCUGAAUGGCAGCAGACUUUCCAGGCAUUCUCAAACUUUGUCUCCGCCAAUGUACCGGCCGAUCAGUAUGAGGAAAUCAUGGCGUCAAACCUCAGAGAUUCAGCCAAUGCCAAGAAGAUAUGGAAUGACAGAGACACAUUGGAGAUGGCCCUGCUAGAGGCCCAAAAUGCUGGAGAUACCACUGUUGAAUACCAAGCUUUCUCGACAUACAUCGAAUGGGAGCGUGAAGAGGAGAAUAAGCCGCCGACACAGCGGAAGGGCAAGGGUAAAAGAGCGCAAGAGGUUCGAAAUCCUUACUUCGAUAUGGUCGACGCCCUUUACAAACGUGCAGAACUUCGUUUCCCUUCCGUGCUUGCGAUUUGGGAGGAGCACAUCGAUUAUCUGAUCGAGAAGUCAAAAUCGGACUUGCUGGAAGUCUUGGCUCGAGCCACGAAACACUGCCCGUGGUCUGGUUCGCUAUGGAAACAGUACAUGCUGACCUCGGAGCUUGCAGACGAGCCCUUUGACGAAACCGAGAAGAUCAAACACAAGGCUACCAGCACCGGACUCCUGGACGCCGCAGGCAUCGAGGAGGCCCUCGUGGUUCAUGAUGCUUGGUGCGGGUAUCUUCUGAGGCGGACCAAACGUCCCGAUGCUGUUGAAGAGGAUGCAGAUGUUGCGGAAAUGGGGAUCCGAUCAUCUAUCGAAGCAGUUCAUAGCCUUGCCUCGAAGUUGGGGAUCGGAAGCGCAUUUGACCCUUCUUUCAGGCUUCAGCGAAAACAUGUCGAAUACCUCAAAUCUCAACGCCGGCUCGACAAUGCGGGAGCGCAAUUCAACGACGCGGUGGCUGACUACGGCAAAUAUUACAAAUUCUGGAUGCGCUACUAUGAGUUCGAAAUGCAGAAAUCCAUGCAAAUUGCCCUCAUCCAACGACCGGGGCCGGAUCGACUGGAUACUCUUUCCUCUGCGCCCUUCGCUGUGGGAGUCCUGAAACAGGGCCUUCAAUACCGAGGUCUUGACUAUCCGGAGCCGCUCAUGGAAGCACUGUUAAACCAUUGCGAGGACUACGAGGAUGCAGAUGAAUUGCAAAGCGCCAUAAUUUUGGUCCGGAAGGUUCAGAAAGAUCUCACGGCAAGGCGACAACGAGAGGCGCCUCAGGCAACAGAGGUUGCGGCACAAAAGGAACAAGCGGAAGAAGAGGUUGCCAAUCGGACACAAGAGGUCGCUAAUGGCCUUCACAUUGGGAAGCGCAAGCGAGACGAAGAGUCGGACGAAGAGGAGGCGAAGAAACGACAGCGGAAUGGUGAGACUGCAGAACAAUCGGUUGAAUCGAUUCAUCCUCCAGCAGAGGAAUUGAAACGCGACCGUGAGCACGCAAGCGUCCUUGUGCAGAAUAUACCACCCAACCUCUCCGAGACCAAGAUCCGGCAGUAUUUCAGCAGCUGCGGAAUCGUCAAGCAAGUGAAGCUACUGCAGGACGAGGAGGAUAGUGUCAUUGUGGAAUUUGAGGAUGCUGAUGCCGCUUCUUUCGCCCUGUCUAGAAAUGGGCGCGAGUUUGAAGGUGCUGAGCUCUCUAUUGUUCUCAACACUGGAUCAACCUUGUUUGUCACCAAUUACCCUGCUGCCGCCGAUGAAUCCUACAUUCGCGAUUUGUUUCGCCCAUACGGGGAAAUCAUCAAUGUUCGGUUUCCCUCACUUCAACACAACAAGAGACGGAGGUUCUGCUACGUCGAAUUCAAGCGACCAUCGGAAGCGCAAGCCGCGACCGAGCUUGACAACAAAGACAUUGAUGGGCUGCGGUUAGUGGCCAAAAUCUCCAAUCCGAUGGUACGGCAGGCAAGAGCGGAGAAGAGCAGCGACGGUCGGACGGUGUUCGUUGGUCAGCUACAAUUCAAGGCAACAGCUGAGGAUGUCGAGAAACUCUUUUCUAAAUAUGGAACGAUCGAACAGCUCCGACUUCCCCAGGAUCCGAAAAGCCAUUCUCGAAACCGUGGCAUUGCUUUUGUGACGUUUGCCAAUCCAGAAGAAGCACAGGCUGCACUGGCCAUGCAUGGCAAGGAGUCCCAGGGCAGAAAACUGACCGUCAAUGUUACGUCUGAACGUGACGGCCGAUCUACCAAAAGCAUCAAUGGGCGGUCGAAAUCUCCCUCGCUGCACCCGGAGACUGCUUCCCAUCCCGCUAGCACAGAAAAGAUUGUGGACCGGGAAGCCAUAGAGGCCCGCCGUGCGCGGACUGUUGUCAUUUGUGACGUACCUGAUAUUGUAAACGAGAGCCGCAUCGAGGCUGUCGCGGAAAGGAUCGGUCCUGUACGAAAGGUGAUCCUGAAGACAAAUCAUCAAGGCGCUUUGAUUGAAUUCGAGAAUGUCCCAGACGCCGGGCGAGCGAUGAUUGAGCUCGAUAACUUGGAGAUUAAUCCCGGCCGCCAUAUUCGCGUGGCCACAGAGAAGGAAAUGUUGCAGCAAAAGCCGGAGCACAAGAUAGAUCAGUUUGCUCGUCCAGCUCCGAAAGCUGUUACGCCUGCCAGUGGCCCAGUCAGACGCCCUGCACAGCCUGGUAUUCGGAAGAAAGGGGGACACCUCGGACAGAGGUCAAGCUUUUUGCACGGGUUGAGUGAGAAACAGCCUGCGAGUGCUGAGCAAGACAACGGAAGCGGAAAGAAGACGAAUGAUGACUUUCGAAACAUGAUCAACCAGACCUGA